AUGGUGAGACACGUUGUGUCCCCCUUGGGGACCAUCCUCCCCUGCCUGAUGGAGGCCUGUCCCAGCACCAGCUCUGCCAGGGCAGCUUUGCUGUCCCUCAUCCUUGUGGCCACACUGAGCAGCCCCUCGCUGCAGAAAUCCCUGCCUGUGGCAUACAGAGACCACGAGGGUCCCCAGGAUGGCACGGGCCUGAUCCAGUGCGGGGAGUACAGCAACCAGGUGCUGCCCAAUGGCCGCUGUAAGAUCGUGGCCACGCUGCCGCAGGGGGACGAGCAGCGGUGCCCGGAUUUGUUCCGCUGCACCGACGAGGUGUCCUACUGGCUCCAUGAGAAUGAGGAGCGCAAGCAGCAGAUCCUGGAGCUGCGGGAGCUGAUUUCAGAGCUACAGGAGGAGCUGAGGAACCACCGGCACCGCAUCAAAGCCCUUGAGCUCCAGCGCGAGGAGGCAUCCAGCAGGAACCACAGCCUGGUUCAGCGGGUGCAGGACCUGGAGCAUCGGUACAGCGAAGCCAGCACCCUGCAGCACAUCCAGGCCACGCUGCUCUAUGACAUGCAGGCACAGAUUAACAACAUUUCUGUCCUGACCGACUGGGCCUGGCGCAACCCCACCUGCCUGGGUCCUGCCGAGAUGAGGCUGCAGGAGGAGAUGCAUCAUCCAGAGGUGAGGCACGGCAGGAACUGCCCCAUCGAUUGUGCUUCAGUUUACUACAAUGGGCUCCGGCGGUCUGGUGUCUACAGCAUCAUGCCUGUAGUUGGAGGGAUGCCUAUUGAAGUGCUGUGUGAGAUGGACACUGAAGGUGGGGGCUGGACAGUCAUCCAGAGGCGUCAGGAUGGCUCAGUUGAUUUCAACCGGACAUGGAAUGAGUACAAGGAGGGCUUUGGGGACCUCAAUGGUGAGUUCUGGCUGGGCAAUGAGAACAUCCACAAGAUGACGAGCCAAGGGGACUACUCUCUUCGCAUCGAUCUGGAGGACUGGAACAGCAAGCACAAACACGCCUUCUACCAGGCCUUCAGCAUUGAGGACGAGGCAAACUAUUACCGCCUGCAUGUGGAUGGGUUCAGUGGGACAGUGGAGGAUUCGUUUGCCUGGUACCACAACAAAAGGAGCUUCAGCACACCCGACACAGGGAACAUCUGUGCUGAGAUUUCCCAUGGAGGCUGGUGGUACCACCAGUGCUUUUUCUCCAACCUCAACGGGGUGUACUACAAGGGUGGCCGAUACUCCAUUAAAAACCGCAAGGCCCUGGGGCCGGAUGGCAUCGUGUGGUACUCAUGGAAGGACACAGACUACUACUCCCUGAGGAAGGUGGUGAUGAUGAUUCGACCACGCACUUUCCGACCUCACCUCUCCCCAUGAAGGAGCCUGGGGUGUUCAUUUAUCUUCACAUUGAAUGCUGGGAAUAGAGAGCUGGAAACAGUUUGCUGUGAGCAAAAACUGAUGCUGGAGAACCUGGAGGGACCAUGUCACCAUGCCUGUCUGCCUGUCUGCCUUUGAGAGAAUUGAACCGACAGCAGAGGUGUCAAGACCUUCGACAAGCAUUUGGGUGGUAAAAGCUCUCCCAAAAAUGUGGAGGUAAUUGCUGAGAAAGGCUUUGCAAAGACAAGCAUUUGGCUUGCCAUUUCACUGGGUAGCAGCAGUCCUUGGCAGGCUUGGGCAUUCCCAAAGCUGGAGACUAAAUCUGAUGAUGGACUGAGGCUGGACCUGAAGCUGAAGGGAGAUGUUGGGUGCUCUGGCCACCAACCAGAUGGUAUUUUAGAGGGAAGCAAAGAACCAACAAUCCUGUAUGUGUUUUCCACAUGGGAUGUGAUAAACCAGUUAUUGUGCUGUAAGAUGAGACUUUCUGGUCUUGGCAGAGUUUCUUUGUUCACAUCACCAAGUAUGUAUUUGAAGGCCCACCACUGCAGGGAUGUGCUAGGGUGCUGAGAUGGCCCUGAGGAAAACCAGGAGAGCCAGCAUGCAUCAUCCAGGAAGAGUGUCACAAGCAGAUGAGGAGGAAGGUGUGCAGUGACUCUCACCUUGUCUGGCAGAGAGUAUCUUACACAUGGACAUGAAUUAACUGCAAUAAUAAUACACAAAAUGAAAAGAUUUUCAACUUUUCCAUUCCGUUUUCACCUUUCCAUCCUUUCUCUGGCAAAGAACUUGGAACAAAUUUUCUAUCCACCCUAAAAGCGGUCUACAGGAAUGACUGGACAUGAUUUUAAGCAUUUUUUUUACUGCCUUAUUCUGAUAAAGAAAAUUCAUUGUUGCUGUCUUUGCAUUUCCACUUGUAGUUGCAGCGAAAGAUCCUCCUUUUUUUCCUGACUUUGUCUCUUUGCAGGAUCAAGAGAUGGAGGCUGGGACUUGGCCUCAGCCCUUAUUGUGUUUAGUGAUGGAUAUUUAAUUAGAUUUUCUUUUUCCUGUUUCAUGUGCACAGAUGAGUUCAAAGAGGGUUCAGUGAAGUGGAAAAGCAGAUGUGUUGAAGACAAAGCACUGUUCCUCUCAAAAACUUGCCUCCCAACUGAUGCUCUGUUCACUCCUUGAUGGUUUCUGUAGAUUUUUUACACUAUUCUGGACUAUGUAUUUCCUGGAACUUCAUUUUUCAUGGGCAAAUAAAGCAGAGAAGUUAUCUUCCAAGCAUC